AUGGCGGUGGCGGCUUCCGCGGCACCUGGGGCCUUGGGCACUUUGCAAGCCAGCCGUGCCCGCUUGGUGGCCGCUUGCUGUGCGCGGCUAGGCCCCAGGUGGAGGCUGCCCGGCUCCUGGACGUGCCCGCGGGUCGAUUCGACGAUAUGGGCCCGGGGCUGGACGCCCGCGGCCGGGGGAGCGGCCUGGCAGAGGGGCUACAGCGCAGAGGUGAAGACUGAGGACGAGCUGCGGGUGCGGUACCUGGAGGAGGAGAACCGAGGAAUUGUGGUGCUUGGAAUAAACAGAGCCUAUGCCAAAAAUUCAUUGAGUAAAAACCUUAUAAAAAUGCUUUCAAAAGCUGUGGAUGCUUUAAAAUCUGAUAAGAAAGUACGGACCAUAAUAGUCAGAAGUGAAGUCCCUGGGAUAUUCUGUGCUGGUGCUGAUCUUAAGGAAAGAGCCAAAAUGAGUUCCAGUGAAGUUGGUCCUUUUGUCUCCAAAAUAAGAGCAAUGAUUAAUGAAAUUGCUAAUCUUCCAGUGCCAACCAUUGCAGCAAUUGAUGGACUUGCUUUAGGUGGUGGACUUGAACUGGCUUUAGCCUGUGAUAUAAGAGUAGCAGCUUCCUCUGCAAAAAUGGGCCUGGUUGAGACAAAGUUGGCAAUUAUUCCUGGUGGAGGGGGAACGCAGCGACUGCCGCGUGCCAUUGGGAUGUCCCUGGCGAAAGAGCUCAUCUUCUCUGCGCGUGUGCUUGAUGGCCAAGAAGCCAAGUCAGUGGGCUUGAUCAGCCAUGUUCUAGAACAGAACCAGGAGGGGGACGCCGCCUACAGAAAAGCCUUGGACCUAGCAAGAGAGUUUUUACCUCAGGGACCUGUUGCAAUGAGAGUGGCAAAAUUAGCAAUUAAUCAAGGAAUGGAGGUUGAUUUAGUAACAGGAUUAGCCAUAGAAGAAGCAUGUUAUGCUCAGACUAUUCCAACAAAAGACAGACUUGAAGGUCUUCUUGCUUUUAAAGAAAAAAGGACCCCUCGCUAUAAAGGAGAAUAGAAGGAACAGAAAUCUUUAAAAUGCCAAUGUAAUAAAUAAUACUCCUGGAAGUACCUUUCAGAUCCACAUAUGCCUCAGCACCUGGAGUUGCAGUGACCAAAGUGAAGAACGAGUUAUCUGUACUGAAUUAAGUAUCUGGAGUGGGCCCAUCUGCGUACUUUGUUCAAAUAUGUAUCAUCAUACUCAUUCAGAUUUGUAAGCUAGUUGUGUGUACUGUCAAAAACACCAAUUCAAAAUUAGGUAUACGUUUUUAAAUACCUCCUGCAUAUGAGGCUUUCUGUUCUUAAUUUUUUUAUGUGAAUAAUUUAUAUAUUAUACACUCUAGGAAAAAAUAUUGAUUGUAUGUCUCCUGUGCUAUAGUAUGAAAAUAAAUUUUAUUUCUAUACACCAAAAAUGUGAAGUUAUACCAAAUAAAGUUUCUAAGGGAUUGUAUAUACAUGCACCUACAGACUUACAUCAUACUGAAAAAGGAGUUGAUAGGAUUCUGAGUGAAA